CUUUGCUCCCACCCUAAGAAGUCUCCCGGGGAUUUUGUAUUUUGUUUAACUUUCCUCCGGGCUCCUUCUUCAUCUGUCCCCUUCUUUCCCUCUCUGUUCGUGCAUCCAAGUCCUGUCUGUGUCUCCCUCGUGCGCCCCGCACCUCGCGUCCCGGCUCGCUCCGAUUCCGCGACUCCUUGGCCGCCGCUUAGCAUGGAGAGCUCUGCCAAGAUGGAGAGCGGCGGCGCCGGCCAGCAGCCCCAGCCGCAGCCCCAGCAGCCCUUCCUGCCGCCCGCAGCCUGCUUCUUUGCCACUGCCGCAGCCGCGGCGGCAGCGGCCGCGGCGGCAGCAGCGCAGAGCGCGCAGCAGCAGCAGCAGCAGCAGGCGCCGCAGCUGAGCCCGGCGGCCGACGGCCAGCCCUCAGGGGGCGGUCACAAGUCAGCGCCCAAGCAAGUCAAGCGACAGCGCUCGUCCUCGCCCGAACUGAUGCGCUGCAAACGCCGGCUGAACUUCAGCGGCUUCGGCUACAGCCUGCCGCAGCAACAGCCGGCGGCGGUGGCGCGCCGCAACGAGCGCGAGCGCAACCGCGUCAAGCUGGUCAACCUGGGCUUUGCCACCCUUCGGGAGCACGUCCCCAACGGCGCGGCCAACAAGAAGAUGAGCAAGGUGGAGACGCUGCGCUCCGCGGUCGAGUACAUCCGCGCGCUGCAGCAGCUGCUGGACGAGCACGACGCGGUGAGCGCUGCCUUCCAGGCUGGCGUCCUGUCGCCCACCAUCUCCCCCAACUACUCCAACGACAUGAACUCCAUGGCCGGCUCGCCGGUCUCAUCCUACUCCUCGGACGAGGGCUCUUACGACCCCCUCAGCCCCGAGGAGCAAGAGCUGCUCGACUUCACCAACUGGUUCUGAGGGGCUCGGCCUGCUCAGGCCCCGGUACGAAUGGACUUUGGAAGCAGGGCGACCGCACAGCCUGCAUCUUUAGUGCUUUCUCGUCAGCGAUGUUGGAAGGGAGAGAAAAGUAAAAAAAGAAGAAGAGAAAAAGGAGGGGGGAACCCCCAGGCACCCAACCCCAACGCCAACUAAGGGACGCACGUCUGAGAAGCAAGGCUCUUAGAGAACAGCGAUGCGCUCGGAACAGUAUCUUUACACUCCAAUCAUUCACGAGAUAUGAAGAGUGACUAGGACCUGAGUCGUUGCACAAAAUGCAGCUUGGGUGCAAAAGCAGUGGGCUCCUGGCAGAAGGGAGCAGCACAUUACCUAUAGAAACUCCCACCCACCACUAACAGGCAGAACUGAAAGAGCUUGCUGGGAGGUUCACCUCCGCCCUCUCUGAAAGCCCAGUUCUUAGCCCUCUAGAAAUGGGUUGUGUCCUUACUCUCAGUAUCUCCCAUCCCAAUGAGCUGUAGACAUUUGUCUGCAGUGAAAUGAUGCUAUCCUCAGUCCUUUGAAACCCCGAUCCUCCGGGGCGCCCUCCCCAAGCCCCACUCCCUCACACCAUCUUUUCUACAGUUUUCAUCAUAGAAUGCUUCCAAUCUUUUGUGAAUUUUUUUAUUAUAAGAAAAAUCUAUUUGUAUCUAUCCUAACCAGUUUGGGGAUAUAUUAAGAUAUUUUUGUACAUAAGAGAGAAAGAGAGAAAAAAUUUAUAGAGUUUUGUACAAAUGGUUUAAAAUGUGUAUAUCUUGAUACUUUAACAUGUAAUGCGUUACCUCUGCUAUUUUAGAUGUGUAGUUCACCUUGCAACUGCCAUUUUUCCCUAUGUGGUUUUGUAAAGAACUCUCCUCAUAGGGGAGAUCAAAAGGCCACCAGAUGUACUUCAGCACCAAUGUGUCUUACUUUUUAGAAACUUUGUUAAUGUAUUAAUGAUGUUAUUAAAUACUGUUCAAGAAGAACAAAGUUUAUGCAGCUACUGUCCAAACGCAAAGUGGCAGCCAGUUGGUUUUGCCUUUGGGGAAAUUUCUAUCACUGCCUUUUUUUUUUUCUUACUGUUUUAUUACAAACUUACA